GACUGAGAGGACUGAGGGAGUAUGGCAGGAGAUGCUCCUCUGACCUGUUUGUACAUCACUCUUUUCCUUUUUGUCCUGGAGAUUGGACAUGUAACUGCAGAUGGCAUUGAAGUGGAAAGAGCUCGAGCUCCGGGAGAUUUUAUCAUCGGGGGGAUUUUUCCUCUUCAUGACGAUGUAGACAGAAAAAACACCUCCUUUGCACCCCAUGUGCAGCCCUGUAUCAGGUGAGAUCAUCCUACCUGAUACACUAACCAACACACAGUUAAUGCCGUUCCUUUUUUUACAGGUACUGUUUGCCCUUUUUCUGACUGGGGCAGCAGAACCCCAACUCUCCUAACUUUUCUUCAGAGGUUCAAGAAACUUAAGAAGUUUCAAAAGUUUAGUCCUGAAAUAUCAAGUUUAAUAGAUCCGUGGUAGAAAAAUUAUUCAGACCCAUGUCCUCAAUAAACAAUAAAAAAAAUAAUAAUACAAAAAAAAAAAACAUUUAAAAACACAGAAUGAAAAGUAAAAUCAAGUUUGUGGCAUUUUAAAGGAAAAACAUUAUGCAGCUGUUAUUGAACAGUAUACAUCAAUAUAGUUUGAUGAAUAGCACUAAAACAGCAAGUUAACAGAACUGUGAAUACAACAAUGACAGUCAAGACUAAAUCAUACAUGACAAUGACAAAUCAAGUACUGGUGUAUUGAUUUAUGGUACAACAGUUAAUUCCAUGUUUCUUUGAAUAAGGACCUGUUGUCAUAUAAAGACACUCCCCAAAACAAAACCGGGCUGAAUGAGGGUGGAUGAAGUCUGGUCUGUUUUUAUACAAUGUGAAUGUUAAUCUCUGUUUACAGAGUCAACAGUAAAAUGUAGAAUCUGCACACACACACACACACACACUGGACUGUGUCCUUCAGUCUCUUCUGUGUCUGAGGAAUAACCUGACAAAACACUUUUUAUUCUUUAAUAAUCUGAUGUAGUUUAAGCAAACGGACAACCUGUUCAUUGCAACAACAAAAAAAAUCACAAUUUAUUUCAUUAUCAGGUUCAUACCACUCAAUAAAGCCUCCGUAUUACUGACUAUAGACAGUGCAACUGAGACUCACCACAAACUGAUGGGGCAUGUGACGAACAAAGAAGUGAAAGUCAUAGCUCCAUGGUGUUUGUGAUUGUGUGAAUGUCAUCUAAGUUUGAUGUCCUUCACCAUCACUUUAAGGUGUUGGUUGACCUUACAGUUUAAAGUCCCACUCUGAUCUUUUUUUCUUCUUCUCAGUGGUCUUUAAAUUGUGAUUAUGAAGCUUUUAGCCAAAAUCAUGUUACCUGUGUCAUUUUCAAAAGUUUUUCUUCUGCAGAGCUCCAGUAGCACAUUAGCAAUUUGCUCACACCUCACACUGCAGAAAUACUCAGAAGUAAAAUUUCUCGAUCACUUUUCUCAUGAUAUGAAUUGUAGCUUCAGAAAAAUGAACAUGUGGACAACAAGAAAAACAUGAUUUUCAUCGAAGUGGGUCUUUAAGUGCAUACCCUAUGGUAGCAGCCAUAUCCCUUUGCUGUGUGUUUCUCCCUGAACUUUACUCCCACUGUUUUCUAUCUCAGGCAAAGGCAAAAAACAAACAACUUAAAGUAACAAGUAAAAGACUUAGAUUUAGAAAAACUCAAAUUUGCAGAAACACUGGCCUGUCUUGGCCUGUAGAAAAAAAAUAAAGGUUCCUGUGUUACAGACUCAAAAAAACAGGACUCAGACUCACUGUGCAGAGACCUUCAGUCUCCUUUUGUGAACCUUCUUGAUCCCCUUUAGUCAGUGUGCUCCAACCUCACUGCUCUGCACAUGAACCUUUUUCCUGCACCAAACCAAAUCCAACUCAAACACAACCUUCUGCUUGGCCCAUGAGCUUCAAACUGAUUACAUGGAUUAUAAAUUCCUCAUCCUCAGUCUUCAGGUUCUGUGUCAAAAGUUACAAAUCUGUUUGAGAACACUACAACUUCAUUGACAGAUUAGUACAGGCAGCUGGUGGAUCAGGUUUCUCUGGAUGCCUAGAGCAUGAUUUAAGGUCAGAUUUAGUUGUACGGGGAAUUACCAGAUCCGUCUAAUGCAUUACUCAACAUGGUCCAUGACACACAAUGCUAUUUAUUCAGUUGCAUGUUAUUGUUGGUGUAGGCGGCACAUGAUAAAUAAAAAAAAAACAUGCUGAUGAAGAUUCAGGGAAUAGUUGUGUGUCUAUAAUUAAAUCUGAUAAGCAUUAAUGUCAGAGUCCGAUCCUCGUUUCCUCUCUCUGCCACAUGUAUGUAUAUGUCACUACACUGGUGAAUUAAAGUGCUGGUUUGCAGUCUGUGAGCUAUUUUCUUUUAUCUGUUCACAAUAGCCUUAAUCUCUGUUGCACACAGGUGGUUUGGAUGUGUGUGUUGUACAUAUUUUAAACUAUACAAGCAUCAGAAUCAGCCAAAAUGAGUUUGAAAAUAUCAGCAUAUCGGAUGUUAUCGAAACAUCCAGAAUUAGCAGUAACGGGGUUGUGCAUGAACUACAUUUGAAUGUGUUGGUUGAAGGCACUCCCCUAGCCUGGUGAAGAGUGAUCUGAGCUGCUCAGUUUGCAGGGGGAUCUUUGUUGGUCAUCUGUACUGACUCUGGCCCAUUCACAGGUUUGAAGCACGGCGUCUGGUGAAGAUCCUGGGGAUGAUUAAUGCCAUAGAGACUGUGAAUAGAUCACCUCUGCUGGCUGACCUGAAUAUCACUCUUGGUUAUCACAUCCUGGACUCCUGCGCUGAUGUGGGCAUGGCACUGAGGGCCACAGCAGAGUUCAUGCAGCAGGGGGACUGCAUCACCUCCACCUGCGCUCAGCCCGUCAUGGCUGUCAUUGGAGCCUCUCACUCUGAAACCUCUAUUGCCAUGGCCCGGCACUUGACCCUAAAGAUGAUCCCUCAGGUGAGCAUAAAGACAGAGGGAAAUACUCUCUACUGUCAGAAAGGAAACAGACCGGAGCCCAGGGUCUGAGCUAAGGCAGGCUGAGGAGGAAGCAGGCGGGUUUGUAGCAGUUAGCAGAUGAUAAAUGACGGCACAGCCAUUGGGUAUGAUCUGUUUUCUACUGAGAUAGGACUGGAUUGAUGACUGGGAUUAGGUAAACAAUGUGGUGUGGCAGCACCUGAGUGGAAACAUAAACAUCAGUAUCUUCCCUGUAAGCUGGCAUGGUUUAGGAAAUGUGUUAUCGUUUUGGCAUCAAAAAAUGUGCACAGGUGUUAAGUUUUCACAACGCAUCCAAGCAGAUGACUGACUUUGUCAAACAAGUUUCAAAUAUUUGUAAAGAGAGGGAAACUCUGAGGUCAAAUACGAGCCACAACAAUCUCUCUUUGUGUGUCUCUGGAGGAAGAACCAGUGCAAUGUAGAAAUGCUUUACUCAAAGACCAGACUGCAUAAUACUAUUGAAUAUAAUAGAGGCAUUUAAACUCAUUCCAGUCUCAAUGCACUGAAUCUAAAAUCUGACGAUUAAAACACAAAUAGCCAGGUAGGGGUCUAGAGGUUGUCCCUUAUCAGCUGAUGAUUUUUGAAUCAAAUGUUUUUUAUAUAUUUUAAAAUGAAAUGAAUGUGAAUCACCCAAGUGUUGGUAUGCAGACAGAGCACGACUCUACGGAUACUAGAAAGGACUGAACAGGAUGAAUCCAUUCAAAACAGUUUGAUCGUUUGUAUUUGAAAUGAGGUGAGAUAUACUUGAUUGUCCCAUGAGGGGAAAUUUGUCUUGGGCAAAAGUACACUUAUUCCACAACACAGACAGACAACACACAAUAGCAGCAUUUGUACAAACAUAAUCGGUAGACAGACAACCCAGGCCCUUUGAUUUAUGCCGUCCACAUGACAAGUACAUUGUAAGUACAAGUAGAAUGUGAUCUAGUGGUAGAGAAUUUAAAGUAUAGAAUAAAAAUAUAAAAGUUCAAAGAGAACAAGAUGAUUCACUGUUACUAAAUAAAUAAAUGAACAAAUGAUAGCAGUCAAGAGGUCCCCCUUCACACACUUAAGGCUAUGAACUAUGUGCCGAUUGUUCUAUUAAAGAGGGGAGGACAAAGUUUUUAAAGCAAUUACAACGGCACGCACUGUAACAUCUACCAGAAGGAAGCGGCACAUAGUCUGUAGAUAGAAUAUGAGAAAGAUCAGAAAGCACUCUAGCUGCCAGACUAAGCUCUGUUUCCUCAAAGUAAAGAUAAGAGUCUUUCCUACCAAUUACCUUCAUAGCUGUUUUUACAAUUUUUGCUAUUCUUGUUUUGAGUUGGACAGAGAGUGUCCAAAACCAAGCUGCCAUGCCAUAUCCAAUAAUGCUGGUACCCCGUCAUAGAAGGUUGUCAUAACUUCCAUGCUAACAUCAAAAAGUCUGCGCCUGCGGAGAAAGUACAAGUGUUGAGUCAAUUUGGCACACAGGUAGUCCACAUGGACCUUCUAGCCUCAAUGGAAUGUCCUGUCUGUGUGCCAACGCUUGCACUUUCGCUGCUUUUCUACACUUCUAUUUCUACAGACACUGAAAAAACAAUAAACUAAACUGUACUAAGCCUGAAAGCUGCCAGUUUCACAAUUUGACAGCAGGUUGGUACAUCACACUGUUCUAUAUUCAGAGCUAAUAUUGUCACAUCACAACAGAAAUCGGUUAUAUGUGAACUGAUUGUCAUUACAGCAGUAUUACUUAAUUGAAGACAUCCCCUCAUUAUUCCAGAUGUUGAGAAACCUUAUUAUUUUCUGGUUAAUGUGGAUUUAAAACAAACAGAUGUCUGUGUCUGUACAAAGUUCCUCAAUUUUUUAAAACGGAAACACAGACAAUCAGACCCACCAGGUUUCCUCUGUGCGUGGUUCGGUUUUAACCUCAUUUCUAGAUGCAGUGAAGAACUGUAUUCACUGACAAGCUGACAAUGGACAAGACUCUGGUGCUUUUUCUCUGGGUAAUUCAUCAAUCAGACUCUGAUUUGGGGCUUAGCCGGGUAACGAAGGUUAACACUUAUUGUUCUUACAGUAUAACUGAAAACUCACAGAUGGUCUAAAGUUGAAAAGACUGACUCCUCAGUAAUAAAUUUGACCUUCCGAGGAUCCCAUAGAUGAAGAGAUGAUCCUUCAAACUUCUAUGUUUUUUUAGGCUUUCCUGUCUUUGUUUAAUUCAAUGUUCUCCUCCUCAGAUCAGUUAUUCAUCCACAGCUGUCAUCCUGAGCGAUAAGAACCGCUUCCCUGCCUUCAUGAGGACCAUCCCCAAUGACGAGCAUCAGACCACUGCCAUGGCCACUCUGCUCAGCACCUUCGACUGGAACUGGGUUGGUGUCAUUACAACAGACGGAAACUAUGGCCUGUCGGCUCUUGACCACUUUGUGUCCCAGGCAUCACUGCGGGGCAUCUGUGUAGCCUUUAAAAAAGUCCUUCCUCAAUCUGUCACCAGUCAGGAUAUCCCGUCUGCUAUCAGGGACACUGCUGAGACCAUCUUCAAGAACCCCAAGGUGAAGGUGAUCGUGUCAUUCGCCAAGCCAGCGCACAUGAUGGAUCUCUUCCUGGAGCUUCGGGAUCAGAUGCUGAGAGAUGGUCAGAGUUUGGAGUUGAUGAAGAGAGUGUGGGUGGCCAGUGACAGCUGGUCCACCUCAGGCACUCUGAAAGGUGACCUUACUCUGCAUGACAUUGGAGACAUUAUGGGCUUUACCUUUAAAAGUGGAGACCUCACUUCAUUCCACGAGUACCUGGGCAGGCUGGAGGCAACUGGACCAGAGUCUGCAAGGAACAACUCCUUCAUUCAAGAGUUCUUCACAACACUGAACUCCAGUAAAGACUCUGAGGACACCGAGCUGGUGUCCAAAGCUGUGACCGAACUCAAGGAGCACGCUUACGCCGACACCAUCUUCAGCGUGGAGAUGGCUGUGAGCGCCAUCGCUCAGGCUGUGGCCACUAUCUGCAGGGAAAGAGAGUGCAAGACAGCUGGAUCAGUGCAGCCCUGGGAGGUAUUCACUUUAACAUGGCUUUGUGUGUGUGUGUGUGUGUGUGUGUGUGUGUGUGUGUGUGUGUGUGUGUGUGUGUGUGUGUGUGUGUGUGUGUGUGUGUGUGUGUGUGUGUGUGUGUGUGUGGUAGUUGUGGGUUCUUUUGAUAGCGUAAGUGAGGGUUUAGGGUUACCUGAGGUUAGGAUUAGGCGAAAGGUUAGAUUCAGGAGGAAACUGGGUUAACUGAGCAUGAAACCUUAAACAAAGAGUAAAAAAACAGGCGUGAGUUGUUUGACAUCUCAGCUGCUGGAGUGUUUUGUUGUAAUGGAGGAAAUUUCCGGAAAAACCUGUUCAUAACCUGUGAUAACAUAAACAUAGAUGAGUUCUGGGUAAGUGCAAUCUCCCAUAACCCUGGCGGUACAAUCAUCCAGAGAGAUAUUUCCUAAAUGGAAAUCUACAAAUAUAAAGACACCCCCUACAUGUGACUACUCUGAUUCUUUAAGGACUAAAUAAAGACUUAAAGACUUUGUUUUUGCUGCAGUUGAGUUUGUUCAAUUUUUAGAUUCUCAUUUCUUAAAGGUGGUGUAGGCAGGAAUCCCUUAAAGAAGCAUCUGUUUAUGUGGUGUAUUUACAAAAAAGCCUUUCAUAUCAGUCAAUAGCUAUUAGUCAUUGAUGACAUUUGGUGAUAUAACGAUAUCACGAGGUUUUGUUAUGUCUGUGUAGUCCAACAUUUUAAAUUUUUUUGAGCGCUCCGCUCUUUCUGACUGUAAACAAAGCCAUUCUCUGCCUCCCCAAACCUGAUUGGUUGUGAGGCAGUCGCCGCUCCCCUGUGUCGUUCAGGAGCCCAAACAAAGUUAGUGUGCUACAAUAUCGGACAGUAGAAACCAACCAGAAAGUAUGAAAAAUUGUCUGAAUCCUCCUUUAGCCACAACCACCAACACAAGCAAAAAAAUGAAGUCAAUACCGAAGACUCUGGUGGAAUAACGGGCGCUUAAAAAGGAGGUAGACCACCCGGACAAGAGCUAAAAAAGCCAGGUCAACAAUGACGGGGGACGCUUUGGACCCUGUAACCUUUCUGCUGGAUAGCUAAACUGCUUUAACAAAGUAAACCAAGUGUCUGUAACAGAAGUGUUUCUUGUCAAAUGGGACCUGCUGCGUGUUGUAGCGCCACUAAACUGUUUACCUGGAGUCUUGGACUUUGUCACUUCAUCCUAGUUGUAGAAGUCCUGCAAACAUUGUGUUUGCUGGUAGUCUGUUGGCAUCUACAGUAGCACCAAUGCUUUUUACUUUCACAUUGACUGGGCCCCAUUUGUAAUUUUCUGAAGUAUUUAUCUGCAUUAUAUCUGAAUUUAACUGGAACGAUAGAAGCGUCUGUUUGUGGGCGGGACUUUUUGGAGCAGAGACGAAGAGGAGAGGAAGAGCUGAAGGGAAAAUUGUUUGAGAGGGGUAGUGUUUACAUUCAAGAUUUCUCCCAAAAACUGACACUUCCUCAGUUCCUGCCUACCCCACCUUUAACAUCACCAGGAAAUUUUACACCAACUAUCCUUGUCUCAAGGUCACAAUGCACAAAGCAUAUCUCCACUAUAUUCCAAUGGUUAAGUGUUGUUUGGGCUUUCACAGUGGGGGAAUUUUCACAGCAGUGGAGCAGGGUGGCUCAGUCCAGUGGUACGUGGUAUUACUGUGAGGAUAUGUUUAUCUUUUGACGGCUCAUUUUUGCUGUUUCUCUUCAAACUAUUAAAUGGAUGUUAGUUUGGAAAUAAUUAUCAUCUGUGAUGCUCUGCAGGUGCUGAAAGCUCUGUGGAUGCAGGAGUUCAAACUUCGAGGGAAAAGCUACAAGUUUGACAGCAGAGGUGACCUCAACCUGGGGUACGAUGUGACCAUGUGGAGGUUAGAGGGAGGAGUCAUAGACGUCCAUGAUGUGGUGGCCGAGUACCAUCCACUCAACAACAGCUUCACCCACACUAGCAGCAACACAGCCCAACACCUGUUCCACCUCAAGGUAGGCCUGCAGCAUACACACAUCUACUGGGCUGUGUGUGUACUGACAACAGACAAACUCCAGCUGACUGAAGCAAUAUGACAAAUGGGUCAUAGAUGUACAGAUUCAUCCAGUCCAUUCAGGCUGGAUUUACUCCAUGAUUGUACAACCUUACAUGUUCAUAAUUUUGUCCUUCCCCACUCUCCCCAGAACAUUACCUCCAGAUGCUCCAACAGCUGUGUCCCUGGAGAGUUCAAGAAAACAGCCGAAGGUCAACACACCUGUUGUUACGAGUGCAUCAACUGUACUGAAAACUACUACUCUAACAGCACAGGUAGGACAUACACACAUAAACUUUCGAGGGUUUUUCAGGACGGGUUGAGUGUUUUUUACAUGCUUUUAACUCAGUUAGUCCACACUACACAAACUCAAAACUUCCACACAAAACGUCUGACAUUUGAAGGAUUUUAUAAACUUCUCCCUCAGGCAGACCGGAUAGCACCCCCCAAAAAAGGACAUGUCUGGGUAAAAGAGGACGUAUGGUCACCAUAUUGUAUUGGGUUAGGGUUCGGGUACAAGAAGGUGCAGAGCUGUAAAGCUGUCAGCAUUUUCAUCAUUUGUUACAAGACCUGUUAGCAUCUUGCUAAUGUUCAUGCUGAUUGUUUUGUUAUCUGACAUAAUAGAUCAACCUGGAGAAGGCCCAAUAGGAAUGAGCUGAGAGGGGGCAUAUCUCCACCCUCUGUAGCACAGACAGACAGGAGACAAGGACAACAGUCCAAACCAGCAAUCUAGUCAAGCUAUAAUUGUGGCUCCACUGAAUUGUGCAUGGGAUUCUUAUCCAACAGUCAGUCAUCAUGGACACGUGUAGACUGCAGGAUCACCUGCUUCUCAGCUGAUGUACUCCCUCAGUAAACAUGUUCCUAAUGAGUUUAUGGGCUCCAACUCCAGUUUACAGUCUUGAUCAGAUCAGUAUGACAAUGUUUAUUUUAGAAACUGUGUUUCCAUGUCAAGUCAUGCAGACCAGGAAAUAGAGUGUCUUUACCCAGGAGUUAGCGUGCAUUGUCAUAAAACCAUGACAGGGACCUGAGGGACUGCCAAAAGACACCCGGAGCGGGCUGCUAAUGAUUUAGAAGUAAGUACAUCCGAAGGAAGUGUAAAGUUGGAGUGAGCAGAGCAUGGUGCACAGGUGUACCUUACUGACCCAACAGGCGAACUUCACAUUGAAGUUGAUGACUUGGUAUUUACUGACUCCUUGCUUCUCUUCAGCUCAACCUUUUUCAGAAUGAGAAGUGCACUGACCCAAAAUGCUACAAAGUUUCCUCUCUCUUAUUCCUGAUGUCUCUGAACCUUUAGGUCAUAUCCUUUAAAGAUGGUUAUCUGACUCUUUACCUUUCUCUGUGCUCUCUCCCUGCAGAUAUGGACCAGUGUCUGAGCUGUGAUGUGGACACAGAGUGGUCUCCUCAGGGUAGCUCUAGCUGUUACCCCAAAGAGCUCCAGUUUUUCUCCUGGCUGGACGGCUUUGCCAUCAUUCUCCUGACCUUCUCCGUCCUGGGUAUCCUCUUCACUCUGCUGGUCUCAGCAUUGUUCCUGCAUCAACGGGAAACUCCUGUGGUUAAGGCUGCAGGCGGCCCGCUGAGCCAGGCCAUCCUGUUCUCGCUGGUCAUCAGCUACGUCAGCGCCAUGCUGUUUGUGGGCCAGCCCACUGGGUUCCAGUGUAAAGCCCGGCAGGUGCUGUUUGGCAUCAGCUUCACUCUUUGUGUGUCCUGCAUCCUGGUGAAGACCCUGCAGAUCCUUCUGGCCUUUCAGUUCAACCCAGAGCUGCAGCAGGUCCUGAAAAGGCUCUACCAGCCUUACGUUGUGGUCAGCAUCUGUGUGGCCCUGCAGGUAGCCACCUGCACCUGCUGGCUGGUCCUGAAAAGUCCGUUCAAUACCACCAGAAAACUUCCUACCUCUCUGCUGGAGGACUGCGACGAAGGCUCCUACGUGGCCUUCGGGGUGAUGCUGGGCUACAUUGCUGUUUUGGCUUUUGUCUGUUUCAUCUGUGCCUUUAAAGGACGAAAGCUGCCACAGCACUACAACGAAGCAAAGUUCAUCACCUUCAGCAUGCUCCUCUACCUCAUCUCUUGGCUGCUCUUCGUCCCCAUCUACGUCACCACCACAGGACCAUACCUUCCAGCUGUGGAGAUGGUGGUCAUUCUCAUCUCCAACUACGGCAUCCUCAGCUGUCACUUCUUUCCCAAGUGCUACGUGAUACUUUUCAAAAAAGAGCAAAACACCAAGAGCGCUUUCAGGAAGAAUCUGUACGAGUUCUCCAGCAGAUCCAAAGAUUCAGAGUCCGUUUCAGGGUGUUCAGUGUCAGAGAAACAGUCCAGUGGUUUCCACUCCGUCAUCAGUGUUUCUUCUCUCUCCUCGCCGACAGCUGAUCCUCUUAAACCUGCUGAGGUGACAGACUGCAAAAACGAGACCAGCUGCACCAGAUUACACAGAGGUUUAUCCACCAGGAAAUCCCUCAGACGUUGCACCAGCAUAUAA